CUUUUCUUCUUCUUCUAGAUCUAGGAGGAUUUGGUGCCAAGGGUAGAGAAUGAGAAAGGAAAGAGGGGGGUUGAGAAUAGGGAAUAUAUGGGCAUGGGAUGGGGUAUGAAGAGUGGGGGGUGCUAGGUGUUGGAUCAUUCUUCUUCCUCUUCUUCUUCUUUUGGGUUUCUUGGUCAUGAGGUUAUGGGUUGCGUUUACUGCUUUAUGUCUUGUCCUUUUUUUUUCUCUCGACUUUGUGCUUUUUGCUCUUUGCAACUUGCACCUGCACUUGCACUUGAACUUGCUAUUUGUUCGUCUCCUAUUUUUGUUUUCCCAUUAUCGGAUGGAUUGAUUUCCUUGUUCUCGAUCCAUUACCUUUUGGCUGUUUAUUGCACGUCUUUUUGAAGAUAUCCCAACCCCCUUUUGUUGUUGUUGUUGUUGUUGUUGUUGUCUUAGUUAUCCCAUGUUAGCUUAGCUUAGCUGCACUUGUUAGCGAAUACCGAACUAUCAUUAUCGCCA